AUGCCUACUACCACCACCACCACCACAUGCACCAUGCAAGAUUGCGGCCCAGUCGCGGUCGACUGCGUCGUCGUGUGUUGUUGCUGCCCUUGCUUGGCCCUCCAAGUCACAAUCUUCCUCUUGAUCACAUUGCCACACAAGUUGGUGGUGAAAUCAAAGAGGAUUGUGCUGAGGAAGCUCCACCAAAAGAGGUUGAUGACCAUGAAGAGUAGAGAUGAUGAUGUUGUUGUUGUUGUUGAAGGAAAAGAUGUUGUUAGUAGUGUAAGGAGAGGUGGUGGUGCACUAUUUGUUGCCCACCAAGGGCAUUUUGGUCAUUUUGAAGGGAGAGAGGGUGAUUGGUUUUGUGAUAGGGGAGAGGAGGAGGUGUGGAAUGGAUUGGUGGAGGAGAAAGGCCUCUUUUGGUUUGGGAGCUUUUGGGCCAAUGGAGUAUGA